GUCAUGUUUAGUUUAGUGGUGUGUUGAUGUGGGAUUUAGUGAGCUGUUUAUAUUACCACAAAUACGAUGCCUUGCUGGUAUUUUGACAAAAAGGAUUUGCGGAAUACUCCCUCCGCUCUAGACAACAUAGACUAUGAAACGGAACUCAGAUAUAGGAAAGAAGGUGCUAGGUUCAUCAUUGAUACAGGUACGAAAAUGGACUUGGGCUACAAUACGAUGGCAACGGGGGUAGUAUAUUUUCAUAGAUUCUACAUGUUCCAUUCGUUCAGAAAUUUCCCUCGCUAUGUAACGGCUUGCUGCUGCCUUUUUCUUGCUGGUAAAGUUGAAGAAACUCCAAAGAAAUGCAAAGACAUAAUCAAAGCAGCCAAGACUUACCUGUCUGAUCAAAAAUUUGCAACCUUUGGUGAUGAUCCCAAGGAAGAAGUAAUGACGUUAGAACGUAUUCUCUUACAAACAAUUAAAUUUGAUCUGCAAGUGGAGCAUCCUUAUCACUUCCUUUUAAAAUAUGCUAAAUGUUUAAAAGGAGAUAAAGCUAAAUUACAAAAAAUGGUUCAGAUGGCAUGGACCUUUGUGAAUGACAGUUUAUGUACAACACUGUGCCUUCAGUGGGAACCAGAAAUAAUCGCUGUAGCCUUGAUGUACUUAGCUGGAAAGCUUAGUAAAUUUGAAGUUGUUGAUUGGACUGGUCGUGCAUCAAAGCAUUUAAGAUGGUGGGAUAUGUUCAUUGAAGAUGUAACCAUGGAUUUACUAGAAGAUAUAUGUCAUCAAGUUUUGGAUCUGUACUCCCAAACCCAGACAGGUAUGCCUCCUGAUUCACCACCAGCUCCGAGGCAUCCAGCUCUGGAAAAUUCGACAGCUGAAAGGUCGCCAAACACAAUACCACCAUCUCCAGUUAUACCUUCUGCAAAGAUGCCUCCAAAAGCAGAGACAAUCAAACCACCGCCAAUGAUAUCUAGAAACAAUGGCGAGCCAGCUAAGCCUAUCGUGGAUCCUACUAAACCACCACCUGCUCUUGAUUAUACCUUUCCGCCCUAUUCUGCUGCACCACCUCCAUUAUAUGCCCCUACAUUCCACCCUCCUCCACCAGCUGGCACUGCACCAUCAGCGCAACAGUUUUUUUUGCCGCAAACAGUUCCCCCUCGACCACCAUACUUUCCUCCAGCAAGUUAGCUAGUUAUGAUAAAAAAGAAAAAGUGUAUGUAAAAAGUUUAUUUAUGAUUUAUCUACAUAACUUGUUGUGUAUUCUUGCUUAUUAUUUCUGUUCCUAUGAAUUUUUGUUUCAUAUUUAUAUGAUUAAGUUUUAGUAAAUAAUUGUAUUCAUAGUUCUAUGUUUACUGACUGUAAUUUCUCAAAGUUGUUUCUGUGUAACAAGUUAGUUAACUCAUUCAACUUGUGAUAUUUAUUUAUGUAUUAAAUUUGUUCUAUUUGUUUAUUUUAUUAUGAUUUAAUAGUUAAAAUAGAGCUGUUAGCAUAAGCAAGCUGUUGAACAUGUCUGGCAGUGGAAACAGUAAUUUUGGCUUGCAUUAUUUUUUUUAUUUUGAGAUUUUCUAAAUCAUUAUAUAACCAAAUAUGUUAAAAAUAAAGUUUUAUCUUUUUUUUAACAAACAAGCUAAUAUAAAUUAAUAGUUUUUGUCAACUACUGUGAUAUAUAAGAUAAAUUGUUCAGGUCAAGUUUUUGCUCAAAAAUAAAGUUGGUGGUCAUUUAUUAGUAAUUCCUCUAUUAUAGAUAAUUUUGAAACUACUAAUCUACUAAUAUUUAUUAAUCUCGAGCAGAACUUUGUCAGGAAGAUGAAAUAAAGCUAUUUCAUUUUUGAUAUUUAAAAAAAUUUGUGUUCUUAAAGGUUUAAUCCUUUUUGUAUUCUUUGAGCAUUGAUAAAUUUUAUUUCAUAGAAGAUUCACAUUUAUUUUUUUAAGGACUUGUGAAAAAAACAAACAAGAUAAAUUUUUUAUCUUUGUAAAUAUAUGUAUAAAAUGG